AUGGUAAGUUUUCAAUCUGCUUUGUUAACGUUGUUUUGUUUGGCGGGAAUAUCGACGACGAUUUCAGGUUCGUGUAGUAUUGGUGAUAGGUACGGAGGAGAAUGGGAUGGUGUGCAGGAACAUAGAUACAGAACGGACGACAGCCUGGAUAUUGAGGGGAAUGACGUUAUAGGAACUGUAAAUGAUGUCACAAAUGUGUACACGUGCAAGGAAUCAGACGAAUACGAAACGGUUUUCCUUUUAUUAACGACUGAUAAAUCUGGCUAUAACUGUCUAAGCUUCUACCGAAUGGCUGACUCGAUGGUCCAAUAUGGUGUUGCCACAAAGAAUGGUUCGUUUGACCCUAUUGAAGUCCCUGAGGGUUACGACGUCACCCUAGAAUAUCUAUGUGAUAAUGGAAACAUAUUAAUGAGGCGUGUCAUUGAUAUCGCUAGAAAGCUUGACUGA